AUGUGGGUGACCAUACUUUUGGCCAUUCUCAACAACCGUCGUGCUUUAGCCGCCGAUGAAAAUAGCCGCUUCUCCUAUCCCGGUUACGUUAUUACCAGCAUUGACGUCGAACCACUUGGAAAGGGCCAUCCCACCUCUCGCGUCAAGUUUCACGCCAGAAUUCCUGGGAAAGUGGACGACACGACCGCACACGUCUUACGCGACGUUGUGGAUUCCGGUGAAACCGUUGGAAAAUGGCCGUUUCGGAGUCCUGUGUUUCACGGCACGGUGGUGCCUCCCGGCCAGCUACAGGCCAGGUUGGAUGCCGAAUCUCCCCGCGUGUCGGAUCGUUGGAAUCCACUGCAGCAUCGCAAAGCAUUGCUCUGCGUCCACGGCUUUGACUCGCAACCGGAAUCCUGGUUGCGUAGAUGUGCGGAAAACUACGGAAAAAGCGACGAGUUGGCUAUUAUUCCAGUUAUUUGGCCAGCCGGCGAUAAAGGGCUUCGUGACUACAUGAAUGAUCGAAAUGUCUUCGUUCCCGGGGCUGCCCGAGCCUUUCAGCCUUUGUUGGACGUGGCCAGUUCCUUGCGCAAAUCAUUGCUUUGUCACAGUAUGGGUAAUUUCGUGCUCAAACUCACGGCACCUCCGCACCAGCCAUCCCGUACCAGCGGCUUAGCGAAGCGCAAGCUUUCCGCACCACCUUUUGAGGAUGUGUACAUGUCGGCCGCCGAUGUGCGGCAUGAUGUAUUUGAUCGCGCCCAAAACGAUCACGACGAUGCUAAUUUGGACUACGGUCGUAAUAUUGCUGGCAUGGCGCAAAAUAAGGUCCAUGUGAUGCACUCCAGAAGCGAUGUCCCUUUGAUGGCCCGCCGAGCGCGGCAUGCAGGCUUACGAGCGUUGGGCAGCAAUGGCGCCAAUAUGAAAAACCUGCACCCGAGUUUGAAGGGUAAGGUUGUCAAUGUGGAUUGCUACUCAUGGAACAAGUGGACUCGAAAGAACAAUCUUUAUCACUCUUAUUUCUUCAAAAGCGAGGCUAUCAAAUACUACGAACAGCGAGACGCCUAGAAAUGAAACUGGCGUAGACAAUUUGCUAAUUAGCUAUAAGAACCGCAAUUUCUUGCACUUCCACACAAACUCUCACUUUGGUCUGUCUCAAGUUGUAUCUCUGAUUUAGAGAAAGCCCAACCAAUCAGCAGCUCUCUACUGUUAAUUCGUUGUUGAUACUUACACUAACAAGUAAUUUCUACGCAUGAAACGUAUAAUGUGUUUUUAUAACAAUACCCAAACAGCGCUUGAUAGGAACGACCAUACCACGAUGACAGCACCGCUUCCCGUCUGCUCAGCGAAGUUAAGCAUCGUCGGGCUCGGUUAGUACUACGGUGGGGGACCACGUUGGAAUCCCGGGUGUUGUUCUUUUUGGGGCUUCUGACCACGUAGAGUAACUUUUUUUUUAAAAAACAAUUGUGUUUUAUGCGAUUAACUGACCGUAAAACCUGGUUUUGGUUGUAUUCAUUUGGUUGAAAUUUUCAAACAACACAUUAGCUUUGGGUUUUGAAGUUCCCCGCGACUCGGCACAGCGUACGAUACGCCCAGUAAAUUCUUUCCCGUCACGAUCCCCCACAGCACGGCAACUUGUGUGUUGACGGCGUAGGUGUU